CAUAGUUUCAUGGGUACCUAAGUCUACAAACGCUUCAUUUAAUAUAAAUCAUGAUCUGUGGUUCUAGUUGCUCGCAUUCAGUCGAUGGUUCGAUUGACUAUACCCAAGCUGACAAUGAAAAACCAAUUUGGAUGAACAAACGCCCAAAAGAUGGAAAAAAUUAUCGGCCAACUCUGAUUGAAGAUGUUGCUAACGUUUUGACGCAUGGUGUGUUCAUUCUCCCAUGCAUUUGGAUGGGUUUAAUGUUGUACAAUCUUUCAAUGUCUCAAAGUCAGUCAUUCACAGCAAUUUUAUAUGGCGGAGCCCUUGUUCAACUUCUGACUUUCUCUACAAUUCAUCACUUAAUGUCUCUCUGUGGUCACAGUUCAACAAUAUUUGGCAAACUGGCACAUGUCGGAGACAGAGUAGCAAUAUUCAUCUUCAUCGCUGCAUCUUACACGCCUUGGCUGCUUCUGAGGAGAUACGGUGAUUUAGAUCCAAAGUUGGUUCUCUGGCUGAUCUGGGCAGUGGUGGUCAUUGGUCUGUUCAUCCAAGUGUUCUAUCAUGACGAGUACCAGAAUGCGGAGGUGAUGCUCUAUGUCGCAGUGGGACUGGGACCCUCGGCUGUCAUCGUGGAGAGUAUCUGCUUCAACGGCUGGCACGAACUCGCUUUUGGCGGCGCCAUGUACAUAUUCGGAGUGAUCUUCUACAAGCUAGACGGCAUCCUUCCCUUCGCACACGCAGUUUGGCAUCUAUUCGUCAUCACAGGCGCCCUCACGCACUAUUACGCAAUAUAUGAUAACCUGUACAAGAAUGCGAGUCUGUGUGAGACUACGAAGCCAUUCUUCUUCCAUUACUUCGGAUUCUGAUCACGUGCACAUGUUGGAGAUGCUAUGAAUAGAUGUCUUAAAUUUUGUUGCGCUGUUUUAAUAAUGAUGUCUAUAAAAACCAGCAAUAUAUUAAUGUUCUAGACAUCAGCGCUCGUGAUGACAUUUUGGCUCUACUAAAGACUAUCAUAAUGAAGAAUAAGUUAC